GCUUGCUGGUACACAGCCUCCAUCGCUCCGAGUCUAUUGCAGGCCAGCUUCUGUACACUUCGAUAGCUCUUUGCUCAGCACAGGUGCUUCGUCCAGGGUGGCUGCACGUGUCUUCGCGUCAUUCCCCACCUUCUGGAAACCCUCUCUAAACGCGUGCUGUCCAGCGCCACUUCACGCGCCUCAGACGCCGUCCGUGGAUGCUUGGGACCUCAUGCCCCUCGUCGCCAGCCGCGAGUGGAAUCGAAGCCGGGCUCGAGUAAGGCUGAUGUGAAAAGCUGCAGCAAAGUCAGAGAGGUCGUGGUGCCGGCUGGACCACCGCCAUGCAAAGCUCAGCAACGUCGCCGCCCACGGCAUCCGGGGCCAGUUCAGCACCCGUCCAUGAGUUCAUCUGCCUGUUCACACACGAUCUCCGCCGCAAGCAGAAAGAUGGCAGGAUGGCCGCCUCAAAUACCACACGCACAACAGUCGCGUCAUGGUUCAUGACGAGCAGGGCAAUACCGUGGGAGAUACACAUUGGCGCAAGGACCAUGGCCUCGAAAUCGGGGAGGUGCUUACUCUCGACCGUGGCGGCAUCAUCGUGGAAGUCGGAGACCUGGUAGUCACCCGAAAUCAGGAUCUCUCCGAGCUCGUCGACAAACGAAUAAAAGAAAAGGUUGACCGUCUAGCUGCAGCGGCCGCCCGAAGACCAAAUAUCCCCCGACCGCCGGCCGUGGGCUUGCCUACACCAACAAGGUCGCUGUACCCUCAGACAAGUGCAAAACCUCUACAACAGGUUGUUGGAACCCCAACAGGUCACCACGGGCGCGCGGACCUGCACCACGCCUUUGUGACCCAUCUCGGCCGCUCACGAUAGCGUAGUCCGCCUAUGCGUGUCCACUUCCUCAGGCACUCUAUCAACCGGCCUGAGGAUCGCCGACAUCACGGUCUCACGGCCGAAGUGACCGGCCACUGCCAGGAGUUGAGGCGUCGAGGCCAUGGUGCCCACGUGAAGUCAGAACAGAUCCAGUGGAUCUGGAUCGAGGUCUAGAAUCACUUCGAAUUGGGGUCGCACAAUGCAGUGGCCAGCUCCACAAACUCGUCGUCGGCCUUCGUGUCGUCAUCCCACGUUCUCGAGUAGCUAAAUCAAAACCGGACAACUGGUCCUUGAGUGCUUCCUUAAGGUACUGGUAGAGCUCC